AGGUGGGAGUGCCUGGGGAGGAAGGCAGGCGGUCCCUACCGCAGGCGUGGGGAGCCUUUCCCCCUCCGCCUGCUUUCCUAGCCUGGGCUCUUAGGAGUGGCUGAAGCUGUAGAGCGCUUCUGGAGCCUGUGAAUGAACCCUCCUCCUCUCCCUCCUCCUUCUCCUCGUGGAGUCUCCUCCUCGGCGCUGACGGUAGAGUGAUAUAAUGAUGAUGGGUGUCACAACCCGCAUUUGAACUUGCAGGCGAGCUGCCCCGAGCCUUUCUGGGGAAGAACUCAAGGCGCGCGGGUGCAACAGCCGCGAACAGUAGGUGCUGUGGACAGGAGCUGGGACCACAUCCUCUCCCAUCCUCCAGCACCGUCCCGCACCCUCCGCACCCUUUCCCAGGCCACCGUGCUUCCUAUGCGACCUGCCUGGGCAACGUGGAGCCCACUCUCACAGCACUGCGGUGAUUUUUUCCCCUAAACUGCAAUAAGCUGCCUUUCAAGAACAAGAUGUUGAUAAAUGUAAAAAACAUCUUUUGGCUGUGCUCAACCUUAAUAGUAACACAUGCACUACAUAAAGUCAAAGUGGAAAAAAGCCCUCCUGUGAAGGGCUCCAUCUCUGGAAAAGUCAGUCUACCUUGUCAUUUUUCAACCAUGCCUACCUUACCACCCAGUUACAACACCAGCGAAUUUCUCCGAAUCAAAUGGUCUAAGAUUGAAGUGGACAAAAGUGGAAAAGAUUUAAAGGAGACUACCGUCCUUGUGGCUCAAAAUGGGAAUAUCAAGAUUGGUCAGGACUACAAAGGGAGGGUGUCGGUGCCUACGCAUCCCGACGACGUGGGCGAUGCCUCCCUCACCUUGGUCAAACUGCGUGCAAGCGAUGCGGGCGCCUACCGCUGUGAUGUCAUGUACGGGAUUGAGGACACGCAGGACACCGUGUCACUGGCUGUGGAUGGGGUUGUGUUUCACUACAGGGCAGCCACCAGCAGGUACACUCUGAACUUUGAGGCUGCUCAGAAGGCUUGUGUGGACAUCGGGGCCAUCAUAGCAACCCCAGAGCAGCUCUUUGCUGCCUAUGAAGAUGGAUUUGAGCAGUGUGAUGCAGGCUGGCUAUCUGAUCAGACUGUUAGAUAUCCCAUCCGGGCUCCCCGAGAAGGCUGCUACGGAGAUAUGAUGGGGAAGGAAGGGGUCAGGACCUAUGGAUUCCGUUCUCCUCAGGAAACCUAUGAUGUGUAUUGUUACGUGGACCAUCUGGAUGGUGAUGUGUUCCAUAUCACUGCUCCUAAUAAGUUCACCUUUGAGGAGGCUGAAGAAGAGUGUGGCAGCCAGGGCGCCAGGCUGGCGACAGUGGGGGAACUCCACGCGGCGUGGAGGAAUGGCUUUGACCAGUGCGAUUACGGGUGGUUGCAGGAUGCCAGCGUGCGCCACCCUGUGACUGUGGCCAGGGCCCAGUGUGGAGGUGGUCUACUUGGGGUGAGAACCCUGUAUCGUUUUGAGAACCAGACAGGCUUCCCUCCCCCUGAUAGCAGAUUUGAUGCCUACUGCUUUAAACCUAAACAGAAUAUAUCAGAGGCUACAACCAUCGAAAUGAAUAUCCUCUCAGAAACUGUGUCAUCUGGUUUAUCCAAAGAACCACAAAUGGUACUGGACAGAACUACACCAAUCAUCCCUUUAGUCACCGAAUUACCUAUUGUUACCACAAAGUUCCCUCCUGCAGGAAACAUAGUCAAUUUUGAACAGAAAUCCACAGUCAAACCUCAGGGUAUCACAGACAAAUUAGUUACUGAGUCACCCACACCUACUUGGGAUGCCAAGAAGCCUUGGGAUAUGGAUGAUUACUCACCUUCUGCUUCAGGACCACUUGAAAAACCAGACAUUUCUGAAAUUAAGGAGAAAGUGCUCCAAAGUACAACUGUCAUCUCCCAGCAUGCUAUUGACUUGUGGGAUGGUGACAUGGAUGACACACAAACAGAAGAAUCAGUUACACAGAUUGAACAAAUAGAAGUGGGCCCCUUAGUAACAUCUAUGGAAAUCUCAAUGCACAUUCCUUCUGAAGAAUUGACCAUAACUGAAACACCAUUUUUAUCCACAGAAAUGACCUUGGAAUCCAAAGCUGAAAAGAAAACAGUAAGCACCAUUCCUGAAUUGGUGACCACAAGUCACUAUGGAUUCACUUUGGGAAAAGAUGACAGUGAAGGCAAAACACUUACAGUUAGAUCUGGUCAGAGCACCUUGGUCUUUAGUCAAAUACCUGAAGUCAUUACAGUAUCAAAGACCUUAGAAGACACUACUCACUCUCAGUUGGAGGACUUGGAGUCAAUUUCAGCAUCCACAAUUGUUACACCUGUAACUGUGCCUGACAGAGAUGAGGCAUCCAUUGACAGCAGGGAAGAGAAACAAACUAUCAGUAGGAUAACUGAAGAUUUUUUUGGCCAGUCUCUACCUACUACACCUUUUCCAUCACAGUAUCUUACAGAAGUAGAAUUAUUUCCUUAUUCUGGUGAUAAAAUUUUAGUAGAGGGAAUGCCCACAGUUAUCUAUCCUUCACCACAAACAGAAAUGACACAAGGAAAAGAAAGAACAGAGACAGCAAGACCAGAGAUGAGAACAGAUACUUAUACAGAUGAUGGAAUACAAGAAAAGAUUACCAAAGAACCAUUUAAAACUAAAACAGAAGAAAUCUUCUCUAGAAUGAAGCUCUCUACAUCUUCCUCAGAGCAAAUUGAUUUUACAGAGCCUUCUGUGGAAAUGACCAAACCUUUUGUUUCCCCAGCACUGACAACAGUGAAGUUAAGUGUGAAACCAACAGAAGCAAGAGGUAUGGAAGAAGAUACUAUGACAACUCUGGAUGGAUUAGAAAAAGAUGACUAUAAAGAAACAACAAAGUAUGAUGAAGAUAUUACACCAACCCACUUGACUCAGAGUACUUUAAAUAUGGAGGUGGUCACUGUAUCAAAAUGGUCAUGGGAUGAAGUUAAUGCCACAUCAAAGCCUUUAGAUUCCACAGAACAUAUGGGCUCCCCAAAAUCCCCUGCCUUACUCACCACUAUGGGAGCAAAUGGAAAGGAUGAAAAAAUCUCAAGUUUCACAGAAUAUGGAGGAGAUGAAUUUACUCUUAUUCCAGAUAGUACUCAAAAGCCAUUUAAAAAGUUUACUGAGAAAGACUUAGCAUCUGGGAAAUUCAUAGUUAAAUUUCAACCAACUGCCACAAUUGGCAUUGCAGAAAAGUCAACUUGGAGAGAUUCUACAACUGAAGAAAGAGUUCCACCUACUGCAAGCACAGAAGGCCAAGUUGUUCAUACAACCAUGGAAGGAAGUGCUUUGGGUGAAGGAGAAGAUGUAGAUGUCUCUAAAUCACUAUUUACUGUCACCCCAUUUGCACAUACUUCAGAUAUGGAAGAAUUGGCAUUUGUUAAUUAUAGUAACACUCAGGAGCCUACUACUUAUGUAGACACUUCCCAUACCAUUCCUCUUUCUAUAAUUCCCAAAACAGAAUGGGGAGUGUUAGCACCUUCUGUUUCAUCAGAAGGGGAAGUUCUAGGUGAACCCUCUCAAGAUACACGUGUUGUUGAUCAGAUUCAUCUAGAAGCAACUGCAUCUCCCCAAACUCUGAGAACAACAGAAAUCACUCAGGGAAUAACUCCUGAGGAAUUACCUUGGAAAGAAAAGAUCACAGGGAAACCAGUUCCUGCUCCUAGUUCUACCACAGGUAUACCUAAGGAAACAACACUGUUGGAUGAAGAAGAGGGCAAUGGAUCAGCAUAUACAGUCUCUGAAGAUAGAUUGGUGACAGGUUUUGAGAGAGUUCCAGUUUUAGAACCAACUCAAGUUGGAAAAAUUGAGGAUGGUAUGUCUUAUCUACCUGGUGCUAUAACUGAGCACCAAGCUGAAACUGAUGAAAUGAUAACACAAACUCCAAGUACCAGGCCAAAAGUAGUUUUAAGUCCAGAGCCUGAAGAAAAAUAUGAAGCAGAAGGUAGUAGUCCAACAGAAUUUGUGUCACCUUUGAGUUCUUUCAGUACUCAUGUCACCCAGCUUAUAGAAGAAACCACUACUGAGGAAAGAGAGAAAACACCCUUGGGUUAUACAGAGUUAGGCUCAGGAUUAUUUGAAAAGCCUCAAGCCACAGAACUCCCCAAAAUUUCAACAGUUAAAACCGUAGUUACGAGUGAUAUCAUGACUGCCUUCAGUUCAAUAGACAGACAUCACACAACUUCAACAUUCCAGCCAUCUGCAGAACCCACUGAGAAGUCACCUCUCAUUGAUAAGGAACCCAGUGAGAAAAUUACCCAUGACAUACUACUCAUUAGGGAACCAACAUCUCAUGUCCCUCACACCACCCUUGUUGAUAUCUCAACUAAGGAAAUGAAAACCGAUAUUGGUAAAGAGUAUCAAAUAACUUCAAGGACUUCUGCUACACAGUCAACAAGACCACCUAUUGUGGAAAGCAAAGAGGCCUUCAGACCUCAAGCAUUUUCCACUCCACAACCCCCAGAGGGGACAAAAUUCCACCAUGACAUAAAUGUUUAUAUUAUUGAGGUCAGAGAAAACAAGACAGGUCGAAUGAGUGAUUUGAGUGUAAUUGGUCAUCCAAUAGAUUCAGAAUCUAAAGAAGAUGAGCCUUGUAGUGAAGAAACAGAUCCAGUGCACGAUCUAAUUGCUGAAAUUUUACCUGAAUUACCCCAUGUAAUUGAAAUAGACAUUUACAACAGUGAAGAAGAUGAAGAGGGAGACGAAGAGUGUGUGAAUGCUACUGAUGUAACGACUACCCCAUCUGUGCAGUACAUAAAUGGGAAGCACCUAGUCACCACUGUGCCCAAGGACCUAGAAGCUGCAGAAGCUAGGAGUGGCCAAUUUGAAAGUGUUGCACCUUCUCAAAAUUUCUCAGACAGUUCUGAAAGUGAUACCCAUCAGUUUGUAAUAGCAGAAACAGAAUUGUCUACCAUAGAGCAAUCUAAUGAAUCUAAAGAAACCACUGAAUUUCUGGAAAUAACGUGGAAACCUGGGACUUACCCUGAAUUAUCAGAGCAUUUUUCAAGCGGGGAGCCUGACAUUUUCCCCACAGUCUCACUCCUUGGGGAAAAAGCCACAGAGAGGGCAGAUUCCAUAACAGAAAGAGGUCCUAAAAUUCAAAAUCUGGAUCAUGAACACCCUGAACCAGUACCUCUGCUUCCUGAAGAGUCUUCAGGAGAGGCUACCAUUGACCAAGAAUCCCAGAAAAUGGUCUUUUCCAAGAUUACCUCAGCAACGUUUGGUGAAGAGGCAGAAAAAAGUCCUUCUAUCACAUAUACUCCCAGUAUGGUUCCAAACUCUCUGUCAACCACUGUUUCAGAGGAACAAUCAGUUACCCUAACAGGAAGUCCACAGCCUCACAACCCUUUGUCUACUGUAGAAAGCUGGGUGGAAAUAAUGCCUGGACAAACUGUAGAGUUCUUAGGAGGCAGCUCUUCAGUUCCAAAUGUAGAAGGCUCUGGGGAAGUAGAAGACUAUAAAGGUAAAAUGUUCACUACAGUAAUUGAUUUAUCACAGAGAAAUACUACAAAUGCCCUCAUUACUUUAGAUACAAACAAGGUAAUGAUCACAGAAAGCCUUUCUGAUAUUCCUGCAACCACCGUCUACUCAGUUUCAGAACAACAUUCUGCCGAAGUGGUGCCUACCAAAUUUGUAAGUGAAACAGACACUUCUGAGUGGGUUUUCAGUACAACUCUUGAGGGAGAGAAAAGGAAAGAGGAGAAGGAGGGAGCCACUGGUAUGGCCUCUAUAGUUGAGGCACAUUCACCAACACAGAAAUCAGAUCAAUUAUUUUCACUCUCUGAAUCAGCACAUUCACCAACACAGAGAUCAGAUCAAUUAUUUUCACUCUCUGAAUCAGAAAGUUCAAAUGUAGUUACAUCUAGUGAUCCAGCUACUACCAGGAAAAGUUUUAUGCCCUUAACAGCACCCACACAGUCUGGAAAAGAAGUGACCAGUUCUUCUCUUGUCUUCACAGAGACCAAUGUUUUAGUCAGUUUGGGGACACAGCCCUUUGAGCAAAACAGCCAACCUGGGGUACAGAAAGAGCUGACUACUCUCCCAAGUAGCCUUGUCUCUCAUUUUAUAGAGCAGGGCUCAGGAGAGCCUGUUGUUGACACAGAAUCCAUGACAGUUUCUUCAUUUUCAUUGAAUUUAGAGUCUGAAACUCAAGGCAAAAAUGAAGCUACUGCUGGUACUUUGUCUCCCCAUGUGGAAAUUACAUUUUCCUCUGAGCCAAUAGGACUAGAUUUGAGUACUGUAAUGGACAGAGAAGUCACUAAAAGUAUAAACCAAACAUCCAAGGAAAAUCUGCUUUCAGAGGUAUCAGGAGAGCCAACUCAGGAGGCAGAAACAAAGGGCUUUUCUACAGGCUUUCCUUUGGAAGAUUUUAGUGGUGACUUUAGAGAAUACCCAACAGGGUCUCAUCUGAUAACCAAAGAAGAAACAGUGAUGAUGGAAGGCUCUGGGGAUGCAUCAUUUAGGGAUGUUCAGAUUUCACCAUCUACAAUACCUACUUCAGAUUAUACCAAUCAGAUGCUUAACUUGGAAGGACCCAGCAGCACUAUGGUCAGCACUUCAGUCUUUCCCUGGGAAGAGUUCACAGCCUCAGCUGAGGGCUCAGGUGAGCAACUGGCUACAGUCAGCAACUCUGUUGGCUCAGUGCAUCCCACUGAUAUGGAAAACUUUUCCGGUACAGGUUCCCCAUUUAUUGACCAAAGAUUGGAAGAAGUGGGUGUGAUGAAUGAAGCAGAUAAAAGAUUUACCAUAUUACCAACAGAAGAAACCAAAAGUAUUGUAGUUUCAACAGAGAAGUGGGAAGUAAAGGAAAAUGGCACUGUUUCAAUAACCUUUCCCAAAACAAUGGAACCAGCCAAAUUAUGGUCCAGUGAAGAAGACAGUCCUACAAGACAAGGAAUUGAAAGUGUAACAGCAACAGAGGGAAAGUUUCAAGAACAAAAGCCUUUUGGAUCCUUCCAGAGUUCUCUUGCAUCAGAACAAACAACUUUUGAUUCACAAACACUUAAUGAAACUGAACUCCAAACCACUGAUUAUUCUAUAUUAACAAUGAAGAGAACUUACAGUAUUGAUAAGGAAGAGGAGGAGGAAUGGAUUUCCUCACUUCCUGUGUCAACUCCACAUCCGGAUAUAAAAGGCUUGGAAUCAAAUAGUACUCUUCCUGAUGCUACUGAAAUGGCACACUUUUUCUUAGAUACUGCCUUAGUGACUGAAUCCAUACCAGCUGUAAAUGUAGUCACAGAUCCACCAAUUAAAGAGGUAGAAAGUAUAAAACUCUUUCCCAAAGGUAUGAGAACAACAAUUAAAGAGUUGGAUACUGAUAACUUAUUCUCUGGCAUGGGAUCAGGAGAAGUUUUGACCCCUUUACCUACAGUGUCAGUGAAUUUUACUGAAAUGAAACAAAUCCGUAGCACAUUAUAUCCCCAUACUUCUGACAUGGAAAGUUCAGGAACAAGUAUCUUAAGCGAUAAAGUGGAAGAAUAUGAGAGACUGGGAAGUGUGGCAAAUGAAGUGAGAACACCCAUUUCCAAAACAGACAUCUCUGAAGGUAGAGAGAUAGCAUCUGACACAACCUUAGUGGAAAUUUUAAGUGACCCUGGAGCAGGAGGUCCUACCUCAGCACCUCUUCCGUUCUCCGCAGACACUGAGCAUAUUCAAAAUCAGACUCUCGAGUGGGGGGAAGCAAUCCAGACUAGUGAACCACAAACUGUAACUGAACUAAUUUUUAAUGAUAAUUCUUCAGCAGUAGAAACUAAAGAAACAGUAACUUCUUCCACUAUUUUUCUGCCUAGAACUUAUAGUCUUGAAAUGGCCAAAGAAUUUGUUACUUCAGCACCGAAACCAUCUGACUUCUCUUAUGAAAAUUCUGGAGAAGGAUCUGGAGAAGCAGAUGUUCUUGAUUUAGUCCACACUUCUGGAGCUACACAGGCAACCAAGCAAGGAAGCACCACAUUUGUUUCUGAUGGGUUCCUGGAGAUGCACUCUGAAGUGUCCUCUGCUGAAACUAGAACUGCUGCUGCUGGAUCUCCAACAAUCUCAGUGAUGCUGCCUCUUCAUCCAGAGAAGAAGGAAAGCUUGCCUGAUCCAACUAGCACACUGUCAAGUACAAUGUCAUAUGAGGGGCCCACAGAAGGUGUGGCAGCUAAUUUGCAAGACCAUUUUGGUGAUUUUAAGGAUUCUACCUUAAAACCUAAUAGAAAAAAAGCCACUGAAAAUAUUAUUAUAGAUCUAGACAAAGAGGAUAAGGAUUUAAUAUUGACAAUUACUGAGAGUACCAUCCUUGAAAUUCUACCUGAGCUGACAUCAGAUAAAAAUACCAUCAUAGACAUUGAUUACACUAAACCUCCAGAUGAAGACAUCCUUGUAAUGCAAACAGACGUAGAUCCAGAGGUACCAUCAGGACCACAAGGCAAUAAUGAAGAAAGCACCCAAGUUGAGGAGAAAUUGGCAGCUGUUAACCUUUCUUUAACUGAGGAAGCAUUUGCGGGUUCUGGUGACACUCUUCUGACUAGCUACACUCAAGCAACAUAUAGUGAAUCAAUGACUUCUGAAGAAAGAAGCCAAUUGGAUCAUAUGGGCUUUAACUCCACAGCUAGGAUCCCUAUCCUUAGCACAGAAGCAGAAUUAGAUUUUUUGUUUCCCACAAUAUCAUCCAUGCCCAUUCCUAGUAAACCUGCCACAGUUAAUCCAGAGAUGAAAGAAUCAAAUAUUGAAGCAAUAGUUCUGGAUGAUAUAUUUGAAUCAAGCACAUUGUCUGAUAGUCAAGCUAUUGCUGAUCAAAGCGAAAUAAUAUCAACCAUGGGCCAUUUGGAAAGGACACAGGAGGACUAUGAAGAAAAGAAAGAUGUAGGUCCUUCUUUUCAGCCAGAAUUCUCUUCAGGAGCAGAGGAGGCAAUGACAGAUCCCACUCCUUAUGUAAGUAUCAGUAAUAUUCUCCAUAUGGCUCAGAGUUUAACAGAAGCACCUAGUGUGAUGGAAGGAUCCAGUCCCCCAUAUCACACCGAUACAGCAGCAGCAGUCUCAGCACUUGUUCAGCUGUCCUCUCAUGCACCAUCCUCUCCAUUUCCUGUCUACUUAAGCAGUGGAGCCUCUGAAAACACAGAGGUUCCUGAGGCAAGUGCUCUACCAGGUACAGAUGCCAGCUCAUCUCGGAGAUCUUCAGAGGUUUCUUUCAAGGAACUUCAUGCAAACAUUGAAGCAGUUGUAAAGCCAUCAAGUGAAGAAUACUUUCACAUAACUGAGCCUCCGUUCUUAUCUCCUGACACAGAAAUAGGACUUUCAGAAGAUGAGAACAAACCUAAAUUCUUAGAAGAAAUGGAAGUUUCUCCCACAGAACCAGUUGCUGAGGAAGGAACUGAGACUUCCCAUGAUUUCCCAAACAAAGUCAACUAUCACAUUUCUGGGGAAAGAAUUGAGGUGUUUCCCAACAUCAGAACAACUGAGGCUACAGCUGUUACUCCAGCUGCCAGUGACAUUAUGAUGGAAGGUGCUACACAGUGGCCACAUAUCACUUCUGUUUCUGCUCCUUUUAUGGUUGAGGCUGGUAUGGUGCCUCAGCCCAGCCCACAGACAUCUGAGAAGCCCACCAUUCCUUCUUCUUCAGAAAUAAUCCAUGAAACACACACAGUUUUAACCAGAAGGGAGGAUUCCACAGUAGGAGCCUCAGAAAAGCAAGUAUCAGCAAGAAUUCUUGAUUCGAAUAAUCAGGCAACAGUAAGCACUGUGGAAUUAAAUACUGAGCUUUCAACACCACCACUUUCCCUUCCUGAAACUUCUAAUGAAACUGAUUUCCUGUUUGGCAUUAAUGAAGAGUCCAUGGAAGGCACAGCAGUCUAUUUGCCAGGACCUGAUCGGUGCAAAACAAAUCCAUGCCUUAAUGGAGGCACCUGUUAUCCUACUGAAACUUCCUAUGUGUGCACCUGUGUGCCAGGAUACAGUGGAGACCAGUGUGAACUUGAUUUUGAUGAAUGUCACUCUAACCCUUGUCGGAAUGGAGCUACAUGUAUUGAUGGUUUUAAUACAUUUAGGUGCCUCUGCCUUCCAAGCUAUGUGGGUGCACUUUGUGAACAAGACACUGAGACGUGUGACUAUGGCUGGCACAAAUUCCAAGGGCAGUGCUACAAAUACUUUGCUCACCGACGCACAUGGGAUGCAGCUGAAAGGGAAUGCCGUCUACAGGGUGCCCAUCUCACAAGCAUCUUGUCUCAUGAAGAGCAAAUGUUUGUGAAUCGUGUGGGCCAUGAUUAUCAGUGGAUAGGCCUCAAUGACAAGAUGUUUGAGCAUGACUUCCGUUGGACUGAUGGUAGCACACUGCAAUAUGAGAACUGGAGGCCUAACCAACCAGACAGCUUCUUUUCUGCUGGAGAAGACUGUGUUGUAAUCAUUUGGCAUGAGAAUGGUCAGUGGAAUGAUGUUCCCUGCAAUUAUCACCUCACCUAUACCUGCAAGAAAGGAACAGUUGCUUGCGGCCAACCCCCUGUUGUAGAAAAUGCCAAGACAUUUGGAAAGAUGAAACCACGUUAUGAAAUCAACUCCUUGAUUAGAUAUCACUGCAAAGAUGGUUUCAUUCAACGUCACCUUCCAACUAUCCGGUGCCUAGGGAAUGGAAGAUGGGCAAUGCCUAAAAUAACCUGCAUGAACCCAUCUGCAUACCAAAGGACUUAUUCUAAGAAAUAUUUUAAAAAUUCCUCAUCAGCAAAGGACAAUUCAAUAAAUACAACAAAACAUGAUCAUCGUUGGAGCCGAAGGUGGCAGGAGUCCAGGCGUUGAUCCCUAAAAUGGCGAACGUGUGUUUUCAUCAUUACAGCCAAAGUCCUAACUUCCUGUGCCUUUCCUAUCACUUCGAGAAGUAUUGCUUUUUGGACUACCGUGCAGUCAUUUUGGGUUGCUGUGCUCCCAAAAUAUUUUAAAUGAAAGUCUUGCCGUUCAAAAAUAAAGAGAACAAAAUGAAAGAAAACGAGGGCAGAAAGUGACCAUUUCCAGCCUAUCUGAUUUCUUUAGUUUUCUGUUUGUCUCCAGUGCAGAUCAUUCGUAAUGUAUACCAGCCUACUGUACUAUUUAAAAAGUUUAAUUUCAGCACCAAUGGCCAUGUAAAUAAGAUGAUUUAAUGUUGAUUUUAAUCCUGUAUAUAAAAUAAAAAAGUCACACUGAGUUCAAGCAUAUUUAAUGAUGAUUAUGGAGCUCUCGAGGUCUUUAAUCAUUGGUUUGGCUGCUUUCAUAUAGUUUGUUUAAGCUGGAAAUGGUUUCAUUUGCUCUUUGUCAGCAAGAACGAGGACGGCUUUUCCUGGACAACUAGCAAGCAAAAUCUUGUAGGUGGUUGCACCCAUCUUAGCCAUAGGUGCAGUUGCUCCUGCGUGAGGCUGGAGCCUGGCUAGGGAGACCCUAAUGGAACUAGGGACUUCAGUGUGGAACUCUUCUUUGCUGCAUUCCUUUUUUCUUCACUUACAAGAAAGGCCUGAAUGGAGGACUUUUCUAUGAACAGGAGAAUUUUUUUAGGGGUCAAAGUGCUAAUUAUUAACUCAACCAGGUCUACUUUUUAAUGGCUUUCAUAACACUAAUUCUGGUAGAGUUACAGAUAAAGGCAUUUCAAAUGGAUAUAGACUGAGGGCUCUGGAGGGUGGGGGAAUUGUUAAAACAACGACACACAUGCAAAAAAAUUCUUGUAUAUAUAACCAUUUUAAUCUUUUAUAAAGUUUUGAAUGUUCAUGUGUGGAUGCUGCAGCUGUGAAGCAUACAUAAAUAAAUGAAGUAAGCCAUACGGAUUUAAUUUAUUGGAUGUUAUUUUCCCCAAGACCUGAAAAUUGAUAUAGUAUGCUAGUUAUUUUUCAGUGUUAGCUUUUAUACUUUCCUCCCACAGUUUGGAACCAUAUAAUAUAAGUACUUUGUCCCUGAUUAAAUAAUGUGAUGGAUAGAAUGCAUCAAGUGUUUAUAAAGAAUGGAAACGUGUAUAGCUUUCAGCCAGUGGUAUUUGCCCAGUCUAAGCAAGAGUAUGUGUAGAAAUAGUGUGGGAAUUUCUUCCUGUUAGGUUGAGUAUAUGUGUUAAAAUUUCUGCUUAUCUCUUCCCACUCAAUUUUCUCCUUUCUAUAUGAAUAAAGUGAUUGCUGAAGAUAACUUUGAAUCAUUAUCCAUUUAAUUUAAAAUUUAAGGAAAAGCUUAUAAUGGAAGGAAGGCAUUUAGGACUCUCCCUAAUUUUAGUUAGAAGAAUAUUAAGAAGAAUAGACAACAAACAAAAUGCCAGUAGAAAAGAUAGAGGUUUAAAGAGAUAGAGAUGAUUAACCUGAUUUAAACAUUACCCAAUACACACAGGUAUUGAAACAUCAUCACGUAGCACCCCAUGAAUAUGUAAAACUUUUAUGUUUUGAUGUCUCAGUUUCAAAUAAAUUUAACUUAAAUUUAGAAAAAGAAAAAGAAAAGUAGGAAAAGAGCAGACUGAGUUUGACCCAACGUUGAUUCUUUUUUAUGAAACUGCCUUUGGCUUAAAAGAUUAACAGCUAUAGCUCACAGUAAUACAGUGUCUGUAAGCGAGUUUCCCUGGUUCUUGCAUUACAUGUAACCCACCUUUAAGACACUGAGCAACACUGUGUUGACCUAUUAGGUUUCUAUUUUUUCUUUUUCCAUUAUAAUGCACAUAAUACUUUUCCUGUAUUUAUAUUAUAACAUGUAUAGUGUAAAAUGUGAAUGACUUUUCUUGUGAAUGAAAAUCUAAAAUCUUUGUAACUUUUUUAUAUCUGCUUUUGUUUCACCAAAGAAACCUAAAAUCCUUCUUUUACUACACUGUGGCUUGUCUGGUUAUUUACAACUUGAACUCCUAAUGUGUAUCAAGAUUUUAAUAUUCUGGUUCCAUCACAGAGAACAAGCUGUUGGCUUGGAUGAAGUGAUUUUAUACUCGAAAAGAGAUGAUUAUACACGUACCUGCAAAAACUGAGCUAGUAAUUCUGGUAAUGUUUUCAUCUAUGUACUAUUCCUUAAUCUCAAAUAUGUAAGAAAUAUGCAAUAGGAAAAGUGAUAGCUCAUAUUAGAGACUGCUUCCUAUGUAUCAGGCCAAUAAAACAAGGCUGAGAAAGGUAGACAAUUGCUGUCUGAUGAGGGACCAGUUGUAGAGAGAUCAACUUAUUUGUCCAAAGUGUGUAGCAGAAGCAGAAAAUCUCUAGAGCCUGCUUGAUAUUCUCAAAUGUAAAAAUACUAUGUUCUUGAUUUUUCUACAUUUAGGAAGUUAAUUUACUGGCUAGAUAAUCAUAUCUAAUUAUCAGAGAUGUCAAAAAUGGCAAAUUCUCAUCCAUUCAGAUAUCCA